CAACUCCAAUGCUAACAGUAACACACAAACAAAAGCGCUUAGAAUGGGCACGAAAACAUCUUAACGAUAACUGGGAAAAAACAUUAUUUUCAGAUGAAACAGCCUUUCAACUGUUUAGGAAUACAAUAAAACAUUGGUACAAGGGUACACGUCCGGUUCGCUGCAUGCCAAAAGACAGAUCAAAAAUUUUCGCCUGGGGUGGAUUUUGCGCACAAGGCAAAACUAGUCUUUUUUGUUUUAGGGGAAUUAUGGAUGGACCAUUUUAUGUUGAUAUCUUAAGAAAACAUUUACCUGAGGUCACAAGGAUGCUGAAUAACGAUUGGAGAUUUCAACAGGACAAUGAUCCGAAGCAUACAAGUCGUGUGGCCAAAGAAUUUCUCAAAGAAAACUUUCCUGAAGUAAUUGAUUGGCCAUCUAAUAGUCCCGACCUUAAUCCUAUUGAAAAUCUAUGGAGUAUUGUUAAAGGGAAUGUGGAAAAACGGCAACCAAAAAAUUUGGCCGAAUUAGAACGAUUUAUGAUAGAAGAAUGGAAUAAUAUUCCAAAUUCUAUUAUUAUUAAUUUA